CUCAUCUCAAAACUCAGCUUGAAGAGUACUCGGAAAACUAUCCAAAAAUUAAAAUCGUCCGCGCCAAAAAAAGAGAAGGACUUAUACGAGCCAGGCUGAUGGGUGCGAGGUACGCAUCCGCACCCGUUCUCACAUAUCUCGACUCGCAUUGCGAGUGUACCGAAGGAUGGCUUGAGCCAUUGUUGGAUCGGAUUGCUCGAGAAGCGUCGACCGUCGUGUGUCCGGUAAUCGACGUAAUCGAUGACUCUACGCUGGAGUUUCAUUACAGAGACGCUGGUGGCGUGAACGUCGGAGGAUUCGAUUGGAACUUGCAGUUCAAUUGGCACGUUGUACCAGACAGAGAAAAAAAGCGUCACAAGAAUGCGGCGGAACCGGUAUGGUCACCAACGAUGGCUGGUGGUCUUUUCGCAAUCGACAAAAAGUUCUUUGAGCGACUAGGUACAUACGAUAGUGGUUUCGACAUAUGGGGAGGUGAAAAUUUAGAACUAUCAUUCAAGACGUGGAUGUGUGGAGGUACGUUGGAGAUAGUGCCAUGUUCUCACGUUGGCCAUAUAUUCAGAAAAAGAUCGCCAUACAAGUGGCGAACGGGCGUCAACGUUUUGAAGAAGAACUCCAUCCGUCUAGCCGAAGUGUGGAUGGACGAUUACGCCAAAUACUAUUACGAACGGAUCGGCAACGAUCUGGGUGAUUAUGGUGACAUAACGUCUCGCAAAGAACUGAGAAGAAAGUUGAAGUGCAAGUCGUUCAAAUGGUAUUUGGAGAACAUAUACCCAGAACUUUUCAUACCAGGCGAUGCCGUGGCGUCUGGAGAGGUGCGCAAUUUAGGAUACGGCAACAAAACUUGUCUGGACUCACCGGCCAGAAAAACCGACCUCAACAAACCGGCCGGACUAUACCCCUGUCACAAAAUGGGUGGCAAUCAGUACUGGAUGCUCAGUAAGAUCGGAGAGAUCAGGAGGGACGAGUCGUGCUUGGACUACGCUGGCAGCGACGUAAUCUUAUACCCGUGCCACGGAUCUAAGGGAAACCAGUAUUGGAACUACGACCAUAGAACUAAACAGCUACGGCAUGGUAGCAGUAGAAAGUGUCUAUCCAUCAAUAGCACCAAAGACAAGCUGCUCAUGGAAGAAUGUGACUUAAUGCUGUCCAGACAAAUGUGGCUUUUUGAAAACUUUAACGCGACUUUGGCCACCGAAGACAGUCACAUGAGGCAUUAAAGACUUCUAACAAAAAAAUUAUAUUAGAAUUACUUCCUAUAUUAUUAUUAUUUUGUUUUGUAUUAUUUUUUUUUUUUUUUGUUUUGAUCAAAAUUUUUCCCAUUACAAAACUACCGAGCUCCGUCGAUGGUCGUUUUGUUUUUACGAUUAUGUAUACCUUUGUUCGAACAACGAAACGUUGUGGCGCUCAAACAAAUCCAGCGACUUGUACAUAACGCGUUCUUUUUUAUGUAAACUAUAUAUUUUUUUUUUUAAUAAUUAUUAUCUCUAUGUAUUAUAUACUAUAUGAUUGUACUUAAACAGUAUUGCGGCUAUACGACGAACAAAACAUUCCCUCAUGACAUUUCCAUUUUUUUUUUUUAAUUUCGUCCAAAUCAUUUUUUGUUUAUAAGCAAUUUGUGUUGAUUAUUAUUAUU